CAACGUACAAACUACACACAACCAAUAACCAAAAAGUCGUUUUAAAAUAUACUUUUGAUAUUUCUCCUGAAACUCCAUAUUUUCUCUCUCAAUCUUCCUCCCGUUUCUCGGCAUCCAAACGGCGGAAUAACUUUGUGCCGAGGUUCGUUUUGAUCGGCGAGCGGGAUGAUCAGGUUGUGCUAAUUUCCGAACUCAAUUGAGGAGAUUAGGGUUUACGAGUGACUCAAUAUACAAUGCGGUUGUUUCCUUUGAGCUCAAGCCCAAGCUCGACCGCCAGAGCAGACAAGGAGCUCACUGAUCGGAAAAAAAAUCGCGCCCUUUUGUACCUCAAUGUCUACGAUCUCACGCCUGUGAACAACUACCUUUACUGGGUUGGAUUCGGGAUCUUCCACUCCGGCAUAGAAGUUCAUGGCUUGGAGUAUGGCUUUGGAGCCCAUGAGUACCCCAGCAGUGGGGUUUUUGAGGUAGAACCAAGAAGUUGUCCUGGCUUCAUCUUCAGAAAGUCCGUCCUGGUGGGCAGCACUGAUAUGUCUCGCUCAGAAUUCCGGUCGUUUAUGGAGAACCUUUCUGGAAAGUAUCAUGGAGAUACCUAUCAUUUAAUUGCCAAGAAUUGCAACCAUUUCACUGAUGAAGUUUGUAUGCGGCUAACUGGAAAAACUAUACCUGGAUGGGUAAAUCGGCUAGCCCGAGUAGGUGAGAGUUCUUUCUGCAACUGUCUUCUUCCAGUUAACAUUCAAAUUUCAGCAGUGAGACAUCUUCCUGACCACCCGACAUAUUCUGACGAGGACGGUGACGACGGAUCAGAAUCUAUUGUAUCAUCUGGAACAGCAGCAAGUGAGGAGGGGCCAAAUCAUCAUCUCCUGAAUGUACCGAGUGGUGAUGUAGCUUUCGUGAAGGAAAAACCUCCGAGGUUAUGAAGGGAACUAUAAUUGAUUCCGCUCACUAUUAUUUGUGGUAUCCUUGUGUCUCCGUUUGUACUUGUACGUAGUCUAUGAUUCUAAAUGUAUCACCAAGCCGUAUUAUAUGAUCAUUCAAGACCUUGGAUGAUAGUUCCUGGUAUAGUGAUGAUGCUUGAGAAGUGCUGUGUGUGUCGUUGAAAUGUAUGUAUAUGAUUCAACUUAUAUCCGAACUGUAACAUAUGUUUGAUGAAUAGUGAUUAGUUAUUAGAUACACUGUUUAUUUAAAAAGAAUUCA